AUGACCGCGACCACGAGCACCGCGCUUCCUCCAGGCGUAUACGUCCCUACCAAAGAUGAGAAAUCCCAUCAAGAAGCUAUACCCGCACCGACACCGGCACCUUCAUGGCCACAGACGCCCAAAAUGAGAUUGAGCGUGGAAGACAUGGCACAUCCAGGCGCCGUCCGCUUCUUCAAACACAUACAAGAUAUAAACACAUUUCUGGAGAGCUGUGUUAUUGCCAUCUUUGAGCUCUUGUUCUCACCAAACACGGCACCUACAAAUGUCCGUUCGGUCACGUUGAUUUUACGCGAGAUGGACGGCAUAGCGUACACGACGGGCUCACGACUCGACAACGAUCACAAGGAGAUUCACUUCAGCCUGCGACAUAUUGCUGCUAUCGACGUAGAGCGUAUCGGAGACGACAUCAAGGGCGUCCUGCAGCACGAGCUCGUCCAUUGCUUUCAAUGUAGCGGACAUGGCUGCCCGGGAGGUCUCAUUGAAGGCAUGGCAGACUAUGUUCGCCUUCGCCGCGGAUUCGCACCACCAUACUGGAAGCGCUCGUCAGAAGGUAAAUGGGACUCGGGGUACGAACGCACUGGAUACUUCCUCGACUGGCUUGAUACGACCUAUCCCGUCGAUGGUAAUGGUGGAUGUGUACGCAGGCUCAACGAGUCGAUGAAGGACGUGUACGACGAGCACAUAUGGACAAAGCUCACGGGUCAUUCAGUCGAUUCUCUGUGGGGAAAGUAUGCUAAGACGAUGCAGGGAUAA